AACCGGGAGUCGCCUGCGCGCCUGCGCCGCGGACUCGGCUGCGCCUGCGCGCCCGGCGAGUGGCAUGGCGGAGCCGGAGGUGGAGCCGGAGCAGAUUCGCCUCAAGUGUAUCCGCAAGGAGGGCUUCUUCACCGUGCCCCCGGAACACAGGCUGGGACGAUGUCGGAGCGUGAAGGAGUUUGAGAAGCUGAACCGCAUCGGGGAGGGCACCUAUGGCAUCGUGUAUCGUGCCCGAGACACCCAGACAGAUGAGAUUGUCGCCCUCAAGAAGGUGCGGAUGGACAAGGAGAAAGAUGGCAUUCCCAUCAGCAGCCUGAGGGAGAUCACGCUGCUGUUGCGCAUGCGCCACCCCAACAUCGUGGAGCUGAAGGAGGUGGUGGUGGGGAACCACCUGGAAAGCAUUUUCCUGGUGAUGGGUUACUGUGAGCAAGACCUGGCCAGCCUUCUGGAGAAUAUGUCCACACCCUUCUCUGAGGCCCAGGUCAAGUGCAUCGUCCUACAGGUGCUCCGGGGCCUCCAGUACCUGCACAAGAACUUCAUCAUUCACAGGGACCUGAAGGUGUCCAACCUGCUCAUGACUGACAAGGGCUGUGUGAAGACAGCGGAUUUUGGCCUAGCCCGAGCCUAUGGGGUUCCAGUAAAGCCGAUGACCCCCAAGGUGGUCACUCUCUGGUACCGGGCCCCUGAGCUACUCCUGGGAACCACCACCCAGACCACCAGCAUUGACAUGUGGGCUGUGGGCUGCAUCCUGGCCGAGCUGCUGGCCCAUAAGCCCCUACUGCCUGGCACGUCAGAGAUCCACCAGAUUGACCUAAUUGUGCAGCUGCUGGGGACGCCCAACGAGAACAUAUGGCCGGGCUUCUCCAAGCUGCCGCUGGUUGGCCAGUACAGCCUGAGGAAGCAGCCGUACAAUCACCUGAAGCACAAGUUCCCAUGGCUCUCGGAGGCUGGGCUGCGCCUGCUUAACUUCCUCUUCAUGUAUGAUCCCAGGAAAAGAGCGACUGCGGGCGACUGUCUGGAGAGCUCCUACUUCAAGGAGAAGCCAUUGCCCUGCGAGCCUGAGCUCAUGCCCACCUUCCCCCACCACCGGAACAAGCGGGCAGCCACAGCUGAGGGCCAGAGCAAGCGAUGCAAGCCCUGACCACCAAGACCCUACGCCCUGCCCCCUUGG